UUUUUUUUGUGUAUUUGGAAUUUUAUAAAUAAGUGGUCCAAAACGUUCCAAUUUUUGCCACCGAAAUUGAAAUCAAAGUAGCUGGACCGUUUUGUUAGUUCAUAAUCACCACCUGAAAAACAAGAAUAUGGAAGCAUCUCAUGGAGGGAAUAGCAAGAGCAAAAAGAAGGCUAGCGGAGAGACUCGAUACAGGGGGAUUCGCCGGCGGCCUUGGGGGAAGUUUGCUGCGGAGAUUCGUGACCCAACAAAGAACGGUGCACGACGUUGGCUUGGAACAUUUGAGACGGCGGAGGAGGCUGCCAGAGCUUAUGACAGAGCUGCUUUUGCCUUCCGUGGUCAUUUAGCCAUUCUUAACUUCCCAAAUGAAUACCAAUACCAUAGCCAUACUUCUCGGCCGUCAUCUGCUCCCUCUUCUUCUUCGUCGUCGCUGCCCUCCUCGUUCUCUGUUGCUCCUCCUGCCAGUUAUGGCCUCGUGGGUUCUUCUGGAGGGCAGGAAGUCAUAGAGUUUGAGUAUUUGGAUAACAAAUUGUUGGACGAUCUUCUCGAGUUCCAAGAGGGUAGACAACAGUAAGGCUUAUUAAAUUGGUAACUAGUAAUUUUAAUUUACCCAGAAAUGUAAUUCUUUCAUUUUUGGCCAUUAAUGAUUGUUUGAUUUGUAACAUUGAAUUCAAGAAAUGCACUUCUAUUUAUUUUUACAUUGUAAAACCUGAAAUAAAGAGGUAUAAAUUUAUUA